UUGCGUCCCGCCUGCGCUCUCCGCUUCGCCGCCUUCUUCUCUCGCCGUCUCAUCCUCGGAACAUGACGCUCCACCUCGGUGUCUCCAGCUCCACGAACGCCGGCCUUCCGUCCGCCUUUGUCGAGCCCGUCAAGGUCGCGGUCCUCGGCGCCGGCGCCUUUGGCACGGCCAUGGCCCAGAUCGCGGCGCGUCAAGGCCAUAGCGUCGCGUUCUACUCGCGCAACCCGGCGCAGGUCGCGGCCAUCAACGAGACCCAUCACAACCCGCAGUUCUUCUCCGAGUUUGAGCUCUUGCCGUCGAUUGUCGCCUCGGACAACGUCGCCGAGUGCUGUGACGGCGCGACGCUUGUCAUCGUGUGCAUUCCAGCGCAGGCCACGCCCGACUUUUUGGCCGACCACAAGGACGACAUCCCCCAUGACGCCAUCCUCGUCGUGACGUCCAAGGGGCUCUACCUCAAGACCAAGCAGCUUUUGUCCGAGCCGAUUUUGGCCGCCAUGGGCCGCGACCAGCCGCUCUCGUUCCUCUCCGGCCCGUCGUUCGCGCUCGAGCUCAUGAACAACGCGCCGUCGGCCGUGGUCGUCGCCUCCAAGCAGCUCUACCAUGCGGUCAAGGUCCAGCGCCUCCUCUCGACGGUCGACUUUCGCAUUUACAGCUCCCAAGACAUUAUCGGUGUCCAGCUCGGCGGUGCGCUCAAGAACCCGCUCGCGAUCGGCGCCGGCAUGAUCGAAGGCAGCGGCCUCGGCAUCAACACGCUCGCCGCGUACGUCACGCGCAGCUCGCUGGAGCUCCAGAAGCUCUGCAUCGCGAUGGGCGGCCUCCCGCAUACCAUUUCGGGCCUCUCGGGCAUCGGCGAUCUCAUGCUCACGGCCUUUGGCUCGCUCUCGCGUAACCGGACGUGCGGCAUCCGCCUCAUCAAGGGCGAGAACAAGGAGGAUAUCCUCGCGACAACGACCGUCGAAGGUGUCCCGACGGCCGAGGUCGCAGUGUACUUUGCCGGGCAGUGCGGCCUCGACCUCCCCAUCUUCCGCACGGUCAACGACAUGAUUCAGGGCCGCGUGAACCGCGACGACCUCAAGGACAUUCUCAUGAACCGCCCGCUCAAGUCCGAGUAAGCAGUGUCCAGUGACUUGAAUUCUACCUGUUGAGU